UCCCUUUAAAAUUGUUUUUCGAGUUGCGUUUUAACUUUUUUUACAUUUGCUGAGUCGACUUUUUCGGCUAGCACAUGGAUUUUUUUUUUGCCGGAAAGUCAACUUGGCAGUUGUAAGCGCACUCUGACAAUCCAAUUGUCCGAACGGUAGUUCCCGCCUGAUUUUAGUGCUAAUAGUUAGUUGUUCGUUGCAAAAUUAGUUAAUUGUUCGUUGCCAAAUUAGUUAAUUGUUCGUAUGGUCUUCCGCGUAAAUUUCCAAAUGCAAGUGCUCUAAUGUUUUAAAUUGUAAAAAUUAUGAAAGUAAUGCAAAAAUUAGUCUUUCGCAGAAAAGUGAAAUACACCAUACAGUUGCAACCGGCAGCAGGAGAAGCCACAAUAAUUCCGACGUGUAAUGAGCCACAGGAACUGGUUUUUGAUAAGUACAAACAUAGUUAUGCCCAUAAAGGCUGCAUGUGCUUGCAAUCAGACAACAAGUGGCAAAGUGAUUACGUUGAAGUCGUAAAAAUUUACAAAACAACAAUAAAAAAGUUGAAAAGUUACAAAGGAAGUCAAUUCAUGUACAAAGCAAGAACUUGAUAAAACAAAAAGAAACAAUAAUAAAAAAGUGCAACAAAAUAAAAAAAAAUACAACGCCGCAGGCAGGAAAAGAAGUGCAACAAAUUAACGAGAAAAUUAUAACUCGAAACACACACAACAACGCGCAGUGCUGCAACAGUUGAUAUUGAGCCGACUGCAAACAAAACGUGUGUUUGCACCAGCAUGGCUUCGCUGCAGCAAUACCAACACCAGAAGCGGCCAAGCAUCACAAACUGGUUCUCCUCGCUACGCCGACAGCCGAAGAAUAAGAAAGCCGCCGCAUUGCAAACCGGCGGCGACAAGCAUUUUCAACGCAGCUGCAUCGAUCUCAGCGCCAACAGCACCUUCUAUGUGCCGCAAGUGGAGCUCGGUGAUAAGAAGGGGGGUCAAUGUUACUUGCCCAGCGCAGGCGCAUCCAUCGACAAUCUGCAGGACGAUGAAGAUGCCACAAGUGAUGACAAGCGCGCUUUGGUGAGUGGCAAACGUGUCUCGCAGCUGUGCUCACGUUGUUGCUGCAGCAGCAAGUAUGCGACGUCAUCACGUCCCGAAACGCCGCAAAUGCGGAAACGUGCCGACACAACGCCGGCGCACGUGAAAACGAAGCCAACAACACCAACUACGCCAACAACGCCAAAGCCGAAAGCCAAGUCACCGGCAAAAGAAACACCGUACUUCAGCAUGGCCAGCCACCAUAUACCCGCGCUCACCGACAAUCCCAUUUAUGAGGGCCUCACCUCGACGGCGCCCAUCACGUUGAGCAGUCAACGCACCGUGGAGAAGGAAGUACGACGCAAUGUCGAUGUGACGCGCGCGCCCUGCGACGAACCGAACACGCUGCUGCUGACGAAACGCUCGGAAUUCACGCGCUCUGUGACCACGACCAUACAGAAUACCAUGGUGAUAACGCGACCCGUCGAAUUAGUGUUGAACGAGCGCGGUGAGGUGGUGGCGCGGCGUCCACAACGUGAGCGCGUCAAACAACGCUCGAAUAGUUUGGACAACGUGCUGAAUGAGGAUGAGGAGUGCGGCGGCGAUGCUGAUACGGCGAGCGCGAAUAGCAUGCCAAUCUGCGCGUUGCGGCACGGCGCAAGUCCGCUUAAUGAUGUUGGCGGCGGCGAUUUGCGUUUUAUUGACGACAGUUCAACGUCACAAAGUGAAACGGAACGCAGCGCGCAACAACACAACAACAAGGAGAACAAUAAGCCGAGCUGCAAUGGUGACAACAAAGCGUUUGCGAAGAAUCUACAAUUAAAUUUGAAUGUGGAGGAAGUAGGCGGUGGAGGUGGCGGCGGCGGCGGCGGCAAUGGCGUUCUCAGCUGUGGUGGUGACACUAACGGCUAUGACAACAACAAUUAUCUCUGUGAUGACUGCCGGAAUGUCUUGGUGCGGAACCGCAACAAUGCGGCGCAAAAUGCUGUGAUACUGCGCAACAACAACAAGCAAAUCAAAGAUGAACUCGGUGAGGUCGUAUCGGAAAUGGAGGCGCUGGACGUGCCCGAAGAAAAUAAACAUUCCAAUAAAGAGAAACAAAUGUCAAUUGGGCGGAAAAAGUUUAAUAUGGAUCCAAAGAAAGGUAUUGAAUACUUAGUGGAAAAUCGCCUGCUUCGACACGACCCCCAAGAUGUUGCGCAUUUCCUCUACAAAGGCGAAGGUCUCAAUAAAACAGCAAUCGGUGACUACUUAGGCGAGAAGAACGACUUCAAUGAGGACGUGCUGAAAGCAUUCGUAGCGCUGCACGACUUUACGAAUCUAAUAUUGGUGCAAGCUUUAAGACAAUUCCUGUGGUCAUUUCGGCUUCCGGGUGAGGCGCAGAAAAUCGACCGUAUGAUGGAAUGUUUCGCGCAACGCUAUUGCCAACUAAAUCCGGAUAUAUUCACAAAUACCGAUACGUGUUACGUGCUAAGUUUCGCCAUUAUUAUGCUCAAUACAUCGCUGCACAACCCAUCGGUUAAGGACAAGCCCACCGUUGAGCAUUUCAUUUCAAUGAAUCGCGGCAUUAACAACGGCGGUGAUCUACCCCGCGGCCUACUAGAAUCCCUUUACGAAUCAAUACGAACGGAACCAUUUAAAAUACCACAAGACGAUGGUAAUGAUUUGAUGCAUACAUUCUUCAAUCCAGACAAGGAGGGCUGGCUGUGGAAGCAGGGUGGACGUUAUAAAUCGUGGAAGCGACGCUGGUUCAUAUUGAACGACAAUUGUCUGUACUACUUCGAGUACACAACGGAUAAAGAGCCCAGAGGCAUCAUACCACUGGAAAAUAUAUCGGUGCGUGAAAUACACGAUCGCAGCAAACCGCAUUGUUUUGAACUGUUCGCCACCGGUGGCGCUGAUAUUAUUAAAGCUUGUAAGACUGACUCCGAGGGAAAGGUUGUGGAAGGCAAACAUACGGUAUACCGCAUGUCGGCGGCAACGGAAGAGGAUCAACAAGAAUGGAUCAAACGUUUAACACAGUCGAUUAGUCAUAAUCCCUUCUACGAUAUAUUAGUACAAAGAAAAAAGAAGGCGCUUAGCAAAAGUUAGUAUCCGACGGCGGACAAGCAAGCAAUGUUGACAAUCCAAAUGAUGGAUCUCAGUGCGCCUCGCCACCGCAAGAGCGAGGAACAGAAACAGUGUCGUAGCUGUUGUCAACGUGAACGUCAACGCCGACAACACAAACGCCGUCAUCGUGUACGCGACAUGCGUCGUCGCACAAACAGCUGCAAUGUAAGGUAGAAAGUUUGCGCGUGACACGACUGUGACUGCAAUGAAUUUAAGGGAAAUUAAAGAAAAGACUGUGCUUGUGUUUGCGGCAUGAAGCCAAAGGCACUUGUGCUAAUGUAAUGUCGUCUGUUGCUGAUAACGACAAUGCAGUUAUGCAGCGGCUGCGCUGCGCAUGCGCAUACACCAUGCAGUGUCUCAGCAUAACUUGGGGGUAAAUAGUCGUAAAGCAAAGGCUGUUGUGACGCAUGUUUUUGUCAACUUCUAACCUAAAAUAUUGUGCUACAUACAGUUAUAUGUUUGUAUGUCACACGGGAAACCAGCUGUAACGUGUAAUAUUCAAACGAAAAAAGUAUGUGAACGUUGUAAUUUGUAAUUAUUAGUCUAUAAAUAGUUUAUUGAGCUUGUCGAUCAUAUGUUCGUUCUUUUAAUGUCCUAUGAAUAUUGAAUUGUAACUACUUGAUCGCGCACAAAACGCAGUUGUCUUUAUUGUUGUGAUAUAAUUUAUAAUUUAUGCUUAAAAUUUGUAUUGUAUUUAAAAAAAAGUGUUUUUUUUUUGUUAAAGCAAUUAUGGGGUGUAGAAAAAAAAAACAAUAUAAUUUCUAAUUAGUUACAUUUAAUAUUAAUGUCAAGUAAACUACUUAUGUGUAUGGCAAAAGUAUCCAAAAACUGCUUAUUAAUGUUAUUAUAGUUUAUUAGUGUGUCUGUUGUUACGCAAGUUGAUCUUUUUUGUAAACGAUACUAGAAGUUUCAGUAUUUGCCAUAAAAAGAAAGGUUGCAAUAUAAACAAGCGCUUGAUUUUCAAUUUAAAACAUGACAAAAUUAUUUUUUGCAUGAUUUUUUAAUAUUUUGCUUUAAACAAGAAAAGUUAAAACUAUGAAAAAGCGUUCUUCUAAAUAAAAAAAAAACAUAUUCAAACUGUGUCAAAAUCAUAUUUCAUGUGAUGACUUGACAUUUUGCUUUAAAUAAGUAGAGCUGAAACUAUGAAAACGUUUUAUUCUAACAAAAAAAUGUCUGCUCUACAAAAAAGCUCUUAAUAAUUUUUUUCAUAAAACCACACCUUUAAACGUUAUAUGCAGUCAAAGUUAUGCAACAAAUACACUGAGUCUUCAUACAAGUGAUUUAUGCAUUAUUCGUUACUCAUACAACAUGGUGUACUGUUUGCAUAAAAUGUACUAGCAUAACUUUAACUGCGUAUAACUUUUAAAGCAAUGCUUUUAUGAAAAAAGUUAUUAAGAGUUUUUUUGUAGCGCACUAAAUUUUGUAUUAGAAUAUCACGUCUUUAAAUUUGUGGGCUUAUUUUUUCUGGAGAUAAAAAAAUGUUUGCAAAAGCUAAAAAAUCACAUAUAAAAUAUCUGAGAGAAAUAAAAUAAUUGAAGCACGGUUUAAAUUGUAAAUAAAGCGCUUGCUUAUGAUUGGAUCCUUAUUUCUAGGACAAAAACUAAAACUUCAACGUGCGUUUACAAAAAAAUCAAAAAAUUUGGAAAAUAACGAACACCCUUUAUAUAUAGACAGAGCAACAUAUCGUGCGAAAGCUGGACUUUAACAGCUAUCUAAAGCGUAAUUAAGUUAAUUUUUAUGUAAAUCAAAGAAUUGUAAUUAAUUGUAUAGUAAAUAAGGUUUUGUUAAACACACACACACGCAUGUAUGCAUGUUUUGUAAAAACAACAAACAUAAUAAAAAUAAUGCUCAGCAAUAAAUCUAGUUGGACAUAUACACACAUACCACACUAUCGGUUGUGUAUGUGUUUAUAUAUACAUAUAAAAAUA